GCAUCCAGCAAGCCACCUUACAACACUGACAUCCACGAGAUCGAGUGAUUGCAUUCGCAAACCAUCCUUUUCAACGAACAGCUCGUUACACUCGACUACCCGCUUCUUCGUGCCUGCACAUCAUGCCUGCCGCACCCAAGUCUUUUGUCGGCGCUCUCGCCACCUUCAUCAUCGGCUCUUUCACAUACACCGCUUACGUCGCCCGAUAUGAAGGCAACCAGAUAGAUGCCGCACGAACCCGCUGGCAAGACCAGAUGAGGAGAGGCAACGCAGCAAUGUCAGGAGGUGUGUCAUUGCUUGAGCCGACGAAGUAAUCGAUUGGAGACCGCGGUUGGAGAAGAGGUGACCUGGACCCAAGGGUCACCACAUAUUUAGCAUCUGGGCGUUCAAGGAGUUGUCUGCAUACGAAAUCCAGCUUGGCUGAGAUAUCAUGCAGGGCGUUUGGAUUUAUCUUUGGUACUUCGGAAUGAAUACCUACUU